CGGUGUCCCCCAGCGGUGCGAGUGCGCCGCCACUGUGCAGUUCUCUGUCCCAUCAACUUCAGCUGCCUGGUUCCAGUCGCACCAGUCAACCACGGUGGUCCAGGCACUGACACGUCGGGAGGCUUUUGCGGAGUUUCACGGGCAAAGAUAUGGGGACUCACUGAAGACACCAUAACGUCCUUCCUCGGUAGCAUCUCGCUGAAGCAACCGAAAGAAGUCUUUCUUGGCUGGUCAGCAGGGCUGCCACCUCAUCAAAUAAACCACCACCUGCCUGUGGGUGGUACUUGAAAACACUUAACUAGAACCUCCAGUAGGUUAAGAUAAAAAAGUUUUACAGGCAUUUUAUGUAAAUGUGUAAUGUGAGAUAGUCCCACUCUUAUACUGUCACUUAAUCAUUGGCACUUAAGUCAGUAUAUCACUACUCUUUUGUCUUAGGUAACCAUACAAAACCCAAAUACUUAAAAUCAGCUAUAUUAUGACACCUCGUUGAGCAGUACAUUUAAACUCAUUUGCACUCAGUUGCCAGUUUAUUAGGUUUACUAGCUAAAACAAAUGCAGUCUAAUAUAAACAGCCUUGCAUUAAAUCUAAUUUUCAUGAUAGUUCAGUUCUUGAAACAGAUUUAGACAGGUGUUGAAUUAAACACAUGGUCAUUUUGGAGGCUGUAGUUUGUGGUGCUCUUAUGUUGUAUUUUGUUAUGCAGACUAAAUACUAGAAACACCUACACCAGUGUAACACAUUACAGUGCAUUAUCACCACAACCAACAGCCUCCAAAUUACCAUAAAGUUGAAUAAACAUACAUUUAUUGCAGGGUUGUUUUAAUGCAUCCAUUAUCUUGGUGUACCUGAUAACCUGGCAGCUGACAGCAGUGUGUAUUGCUCAAGUUGAAAGCUAACUGUCUUGACCUUGGUUUUGAGUGAGAGUGAAUGAAAUCUCACUGAGGAAGAUUGCAGUUUACCCAACAUCAAAAACAUUUGUCCAGAGUUCCCUGAGGAAGAUUGGGUAAACAAUGGAUACAAUGUACCUUGACUUAAAAGAAAAAACAAACACUUUGCAGUGCUUUUGGCUUCUUCUUUCUCACAGGGUGUAGCCUCAGCCCUACAUGGCUGAAUUAGUGUUAGGCUUUGACCAUUUCUGCUUUGUGUAUCACCAAAUUCACAGCAGCCAGAUAUUUCAACACAAGGCCUGAAAAUAAGGAAUUGAACUGUUGAUUGUGUAAGAAUGAACGCCAACAUUGUCUGUCUGGGGUUGUGGUUGUCAUGGUUUAUGUUACACACAUACAUAAUAAGUAGGCUCAUUUAGGUGCAGUUUGGUGUAACAUAAUCCUUGAAAGAGUGUAACAUGAGCCUUGUGUUGUCUGGUUGGCCAGCUCAGUCACAGAACUGAUUCUCUCAUCACUCCGUCAAAUCAAAUGUGCACUGGAUCAUUCCAGAUGAAGACCAUAAUUAUGUAGUAAGAGUAAUUAGGACCAUAAUACUCUACCUUGCCUUGUCUUGUAAUUCUUAAUGAUACAAGUACAGUAUGUGUUUCUUGCAUAGUGUCUUCAGUUACUGCUGAGUUAUUUGUGACUCAGUACACAGUACAAGUGAUUUUUUUUUACUCACAUUUCAUUUCUAAAAGGAAAGUAUUAAUCUAUUUAUGCAUGACUCUUGUCAAAUAUUCAAACACAGAAUAGAUCCUAACACAGGGGGAGGAUGAACCAACAGCUUUGCACUCAGUUGGCCUCUGUGUUUUGUUUGAUAGUGUUUACAAAAGGCUUAGCGGAUGGGACAGUCGGGAUGAGGCCUUUUUGGAAGAGCCUCAUGCAUUGUGUUUAUCUUAGGCAUUCACUUAGGAGCUAAACCAGGCAGGAGGAAGCUAGAGGUCGGACCAGUGAGAACCUCCUGAUGACAAAAACAUGUUUGAAUUCAUCAUUGCUUGGCUUACAGUGUCGUGAGUCUACCCACUCCGUCUGUAUUGAAUGUAGAUUUGAUUCAAAUUAGCACUUGGGCUAAUUUUAGCAAACUGUCUUGAUUUUUAAUCCCUGCAGAGAUGAUCCAUUUGGCAUUUGCAGAACUUUCCCCUGUUUACUUAGGCGAUCACAUGUCAAGUUCAAGGGUAAUGAGCAACAAAAGAUCAACAUGUUGAAGUCCAAUGUACUGAAUGUCCCAUUGGUUGACUCCUGUAGCCAGUCAAUGUCAUCAAACCCCCCCCCCCCUUUUUGAGUAGUCCUGCACAAUAACAAGCACACGAAGUAACGAUUGUACCGUACAUGUGACUGAACAUCACGCUGCAGAGUUUUUUUAUUUUAUCCCCUCCCCCUGCUUGUACUCUUAUCAGGGAAAAAACAUUGCAUAGCCGUUCACAGGAAUUAGCUGUCCCUUAUCAGCCAUACACCGCCACCUUAAACAGGCCAUCCCAUUGGCUGAAACCUUUAUGCCCUGUCAGCUGACUGGAUGAGUACAAGUGCACAUCCUGCAAAGAAUAACCCCAGAAGAAGGAAUGUCAAAGUUUAUGAUCGUGUUGCACAAGCGCCGCUGGCAUCAGAUAGUGGUGUACUGGUAUUUACCCCUGGGAGGGUUAUUCCAACGUGAUUAGGUGGGCCAUAUUUGAGACUGGAUUCAGGAUGGCGGGGAGGCAUUAUUAUCAUAAUCUGAGGGAGGAGAAAAAUGGUGCCAGUGGAGUACCCUGAGGUGGGCAAAGUAAAAGCUGGUGCUCCACUACCUGUGAUGAAGAGACAGAGAUCCUGGGGACACAGGGAGCUCCUGGGAAGCAACACAGAGGACAACACAGACAACAGUGAACAGGAAGAGUCCUCAUCUCUGAGGUCGUCUUGGUCCCUGGCAGACACCAUGAACUACGUAGGCCAGCUGGCAGGUCAGGUGCUGGUAACCGUCAAAGAACUGUAUAAGGGCAUUAAUCAGGCCACAUUGUCAGGCUGCAUCGAUGUUGUGGUUGUCCGCCAGAGAGAUGGCACCUACCAGUGCUCGCCAUUCCAUGUGCGCUUCGGCAAGCUGGGUGUACUGCGCUCCAAAGAGAAAGUGAUCGACAUUGAAGUGAAUGGAGAGCCAGUAGAGCUGCACAUGAAGCUUGGUGACAAUGGAGAGGCCUUUUUUGUCCAGGAAUCUGAGCAGCAGAAUCAGAUUGUCCCUGCCCACCUGGCCACCUCCCCAAUCCCCACCGAGAGCCACUUGUUCUGGAUCUCAGAGGUUGAGCACAGGGCGCCAAAAGAUCUGGAGGAUGACCCCGCUGACCCAGAGGACCCACCCGAGCCUCCUGCUCCGAGCACCACGGCCACAAAAAAGAAGAAGAAACGGAGGAAGAAGCACAAAGGAGACCCCCGAAGAGAGGAGCUGACCCCACCCAUGUCCGUCACUACUGGUAAUGCUAUUGCUGCUAAUGCACCUGCUGCUACGACUGCUGCUAUAUCCAGCACUGGGCAAAAUGAAGAGAUCUUUGAGAUGGACUUGAGCUCUGACGAGGAAGCUGCAGCACGUGUUUCAAGGUCACCUUCAAUGACCACAAUGAGAGACAUUGACCCCAAAUUGCCCGCAGCCCGACACAACCUUGAUGGCUAUCCACUGUCUGAUGGAGAUUGGCCGGCCGAUGACAGUCAUGGCUUGUCUCAGGCCUUUUCCCCAAAAAGUGACUCUGAACUGGUGGUAAGGCCCUCAGAGAGUUUGCUCAGAGCUGAGUCCCACAUGCAGUGGACCUGGGGAGAGUUUCCAGAAACAACUAGGGUCACCAAAAAAGAGAAACCAGAACUACUAAAAACAGUGACCAUCACCCCAUCAGAGAGCACCCACUUCCGCGUCAUCCUCAGCUCUGAGGCCAUGGAGAAUGAGAUAGAGAUUGAAAAGGAAGAUGGUGCCUCCCCCUCAGUGUGUACCAUUGUCAAGCCCGAGCCACGCACCCCUAUCACUCUAACACCUGUGAGUCCUCUUGCAUCGGUCAGCACCAUAAGCUCUGUGAGCCCUGUAACCCCCACAGAACCCCUGGAUGUCCUGCCAUCCAGUGUGGCAACCUCCACCCCUUCCAACAACCAACAGAGCGAUUCACCCUCUAAGAAGAAAGGUGUCCCAAAGAGGAGCCAGCAUCAGGGUCCUGAGGAUAUCUACCUAGAUGACCUGAAUGUACUUGAACCUGAUGUUGCUGCACGAUAUUUUCCCAAGAGUGAGUCUGAGGCAGCUACUAAGCACUGGAUGGACUCAGAGAUGCACUCUGGUUCACAGUCUCCACAGUCGGUGGGCAGUGCAGCAGCUGACAGCGGGACGGAGUGUCUUUCUGACUCAGCUAGCGACCUCCCUGAUGUCACUCUUUCUCUGUGUGGAGGCCUGACAGAAAAUGCUGAAAUAUCCAAAGAAAGGUUCAUGGAGCAUAUCAUCACCUAUCAUGAAUUUGCUGAAAAUCCAGCAAUUAUAGAUAACCCCAACCUGGUAGUAAAGAUAGGAAAUAGAUAUUAUAAUUGGACACUAGCUGCACCCUUGGUUCUAAGUCUACAAGCAUUUCAGAAGAAUUUACCAAAGGCUACAGAGGAGGCCUGGAUGAAGGAGAAAAUGCCAAAGAAGUCAGGCCGCUGGUGGUUCUGGCGAAAAAGGGCAGAUAGUACAAUCAAGCAGUCGGAGACCAAGCUUGAAGCCAAGGAAGAGUCUCAUAUGGAGGAGGAAGGACCCUCCCUUUCUCAGGAGAAAUUGCCCUUGCCGCCUAAAGCAGGAGACUCAUCCAGUGAUGAAGAGGCCAAGGAAGUUAGUGCUGUAUCCUGUCAGGAGAGACUGCAGCCAGUAGAUGGUCAGCACCACUCCAGCCCACACACUUACAGGAAGUCACUACGCCUCUCCUCUGAUCAGAUAGUUAGUCUGAAACUAAAGGAGGGACCUAAUGAUGUGACGUUUAGCAUCACCACCCAAUACCAGGGCACGUGCCGCUGCGAGGGCACCAUUUACCUGUGGAACUGGGACGACAAAGUCAUUAUCUCUGACAUCGAUGGCACCAUCACCAAGUCAGAUGUGUUUGGACAGAUCCUGCCGCAGUUGGGGAAGGACUGGACACACCAGGGCAUUGCCAAGCUCUACCACUCAGUAGCUGAGAACGGCUACAAGUUCUUGUAUUGCUCAGCGCGUGCUAUUGGCAUGGCGGACAUGACGAGAGGUUACCUGCAGUGGGUCAAUGAUGGAGGCACCAUUCUACCCAGGGGACCUCUCAUGCUGUCUCCCAGCAGCCUCUUCUCUGCCUUCCACAGGGAGGUCAUUGAGAAGAAACCAGAGAUCUUCAAGAUUGAAUGCCUUACAGACAUCAAGAACCUGUUCCAGCAUAACAAGCAGCCAUUCUACGCCGCCUUUGGGAAUAGAACUAAUGAUGUGUUUGCCUAUAAGGAGGUGGGAGUUCCAGUAUGUAGGAUCUUCACAGUCAACCCCAAGGGAGAGCUGAUCCAGGAGCAGACCAAGGGCAACAAGUCCUCUUACGGCAGGCUUAGUGAGCUGGUGGAGCAUGUGUUCCCUCUGUUGAGUAAAGAGCAGAACGAGGCCUUUGUCAUGCCAGAGUACAGCUCUUUCUGUUAUUGGAGACAACCUAUACCAGUUAUCAACCCUGAUGAACUGCUCUGAUCCAGCACUUAUGGAUACCAAGGUAUUCAUAUACAUGCAAUUGGACUGUGCACUUGAAUGCAUCUCCAGGAAACACAUGGACUGGAACCCAAACUUUCCUACAUAGUUCAGACACGCGCAACUCUACAAUGAGUCUGGCACAGUAACAGGGUUAUGACCAUAAAGCUGGUAAACUGUAAUUACCCAUUAGAGAUGAGUGGAAGUUAUCUCCAGAACAGUAAAUCCUGGUGAAUAAUCCCUGAAAAUGUUCAUCCCUGGGAGACAAGAGACUAAUCACCAUUUAAAUGAUCAUCUUUCCUCGUGCCUGUGAAGGCAUCCUAACCCAGUGAGCACUCUUUAGUCCCCAUCUCUGUACAGGGAUAAAGACCCAUCUUUUCUCUCUGUAACUUCUCGCAAACAGGAUGGUCUGCAUUUGGCAUCAGGGAAGCGACUGAAGCCCCACACAAGGCAUUAGCCCUUAGCACUAAAGUCUGAACAUUGUUUUCUUGAAUCAAGUUUUUCACAUUUUCAGAACACCCUGAAGAAGCAAAAUUAAAUGUUAAAAGAAGAAAAAAAAACACUGUUAAUUAAAACAGAAUAAGCUAUUAACAAUGGCCACUAGUCAUGUGCUGGUAAUAUUUUGUUGUGGCUGCUAUGUUUGCCUAGACGUAGGUAUCCAGCGUGGAUUUGGAAGCUUUAUUCUGUUCUAAAACAUCAAGUAUAAUAGUGAUAGUGGCUGGCAAAUAAUUACCAACUACAAACCAUAUACAGUAGUGAGUUUCCAGAAACCUAUUGUAGAAAAGGUAGGAAAGCUACUGUAGGUGUUCAGUUAUGUUUCUGACUCUUGAGUCUGGACUGACUGUCUUCAUUAGUUCACAGAUUUCAGAUCGCCUCUUCCCCUGUAGAGCUUACAACGUUCGUACUGAGUGAGUCAUGUUUGGUUAAUAUUCAAGCUCAUACCAGGGAUAUAUUUUUGCCAAUAAGUAUGUAAAGAUGCACAGUUAGAUGUGACUUAAAAACAAAAUGAAGCAGCUUAAUGGUAUAUUGUCUUGCUGUUAUUUUAAUAUGUUUAAAAAGCUCUGGCGAAUCAAGUGUGUUUUGUUAACAAUGGAGUCAUUAUUUAUAAUUGAUAUGUUUAAGUUAUUGAUUUCUAUCGCGAUGCCUUUGCUUGUCUGAAAAAGUAAUUUAUCACCAAUGCAAUGUGGAAGUACUUCAAAUUGGUAUUUUGUAUGGUUGAUCACAGGUUAACAUGCACUUAACAGUAACUGCUAGGCCUUGUACGAUCUUUUUGUUUAGUCUUGUAUCCCAUUUUCACAACGAUCUGUAUUCCUUGUUUUACAGUGAAACAUGUAAGGUACAUACACAUUCCUCAGCAGACCUCUGCAGCUUUAGUAUUAAAAUAUGUGUAAAAGAUAACGCUUGAGUUGGAACAGUAGAAAUAAGCAGAUCUGAAGAGAGCUUAAAAUGAAGGAUUUCCGUUUACAAGAUUCUCUGUAGGCGAUGACUAUGGGAAGACGUGUGUGUGCGCGUGUGUGUGCGCGUGUGUGUGUGUGUGUGCGCGUGUGUGUGCGCGUGCCUAACUAAUCACUGAGUAUUGCUGCUGUUGGGGUGACCGGAUCAUUCCCCCUUUGCUUAUGUUCCCUCAGUGGCUUUACCGAGACUUAUCCAACGCACUUUGUCUAAGCUGCACCCAGAGACGCAACUCAAAACACCUCUCACCCACAUGCACUUCACUAAAGGUCUUCAUAGACAGUAGAUGAGAGUAUGCAAUUAAUGCAGGAUGAAGAGUUCUAGUUUUACCUCUUUGUUGUGAGUGUGUCCCUCUGACACCACAGACAAAUCAGCUAUUCUAUGUGUCAAUAUAAGUCGUCGUUGAAAGGGGAUUUGUAUUUGUAGGUUGCAAGGUAUAAUGUAGGGAUUAAAACAAAAAUAAUAACAAAUACAGUAUUUAUUUUGGGUGCUGAACAGAGCUACCCCUUAGAUUGUGUGUGUGUGUGUGUGUGUGUGUGUGUGUGAGUGUGUGAGUGAGUGAGUGAGUGAGAGAGAUAAAGAAAAAAGACUGAUGCCGUGCCUCUGGUGAGCAGAGGAAGAGCCAUUGGGUCUUGUUUGGAGAUAAACAUGAAGUACUUGACUGUGUACAGGAAGCUUUUUGAAGUGCUUCACUGGCAUUAUGUGUGUGUGUGUUUUAGGAAAAGGCUUGUGGGCAGAUGUGCCACUCCACUGACAUGAUCAUACCUCCAGCACAGUUGUAACAGUUACAUGCUAAUAUGUGCUGUGAGCGUUAGGGUUAAAAAUCAGAAAAAAGUGGGGAGUCGGGACUUGACAGACAACCAUUUAAUGAAAAAAGCACAAUUUUACAAUGAUGGCUACAUCCAGAUUUGUCACUAUUAGGCGUCAUUAUUUUGCUGAGGUGUUUCCGCAUUCACUCUGUAGCUCAGAUGUUUUUGUGAUGAUUAAGAUGCGUGUUCUGCUUUGAUUUGUUUGCUUAUUCUCUACGAAGUUUGGUGAAGUCAAAUAGAUAUAUCUUAUGAUUAACAAAAUGAAUUCCAUUCUUUCUAUGAAAGUAAAGCAUCUUGUGUGGAAGAAUCACACUUCAUCCUCUAUGAUCCUGGGAUACAUGGUAUAGAAAAUAGUUUGUUCUCACUCAACUGCUGUGGAAAAUGAUCCAGUAUAUAUGCUGAUCAUCACAUUCUUCUGUCCUCGAUGCCUUUUUGUUUUAUUAUUUCUUAUACAGUCUAUGAUCUUUUGUGGGACUAUGUUUGUUUCUUUCUGUUUGGAGGUAAUGCUUGCUAUUUGAUUAUGUCUGACCAACAGAAAUACCUUAAGUGUAUGCUGUGUUUGAUUUGUAUAGAAAUGUGGUUUAAAGUAUGUUUAAAGAACAAAAUACAUUGUAAGAAGAAAAACAAUACAGGCCUAAUGAAGCUAACAAAGUGUGGCUUGUGGUCAUAUUUGUAUUAAAUAAAGUUUCUAACUGAA